AUGUAUUUACGGCAUGUGUUGUUCAACUUAAAAUCAGUUGUUCAUUUACGUCCUCAAACAAUUGAUAAAGUUAUUUAUCGUUGCCUGACUAAUGAAAUUGGAAAGCAUGAGAAAAAAAUUGAUUUUGAUAAGCUUCCAAUUGAGAAAGAAGAUGGUAAAUCAGAGAAAAGAGAUGUGAAAGCUGUGAUCGAAACAAAAGAAGGACGAAAAGAACGGGAAAAGGCUGAAUGGGAGCGAUUAUCGUUUAUUGAGAAACUAGUGAAAAAAUACUUUCCAUCUCACAUCAAUUCAAUCGCUAUUUUUGUUGUUUUCGGUGUUGGCUAUGUCAUUUAUGAGCAAAUCAAAAAUGAUUUUGAGGUCAAAUAUACGUUUCGACAUGGCUCAUGUCCAAAUUUCAAAAUAAAAGAAGAUCAAUUAUUAGAACGAAGAGAAUUGUGUAGUACGCUGGAAUCUAUUAUGAGACCUGUAGAAGAUAAACUCGUUUCAUCAUAUUACAUCGUCGUUGGUGAUCAUGGAGUUGGAAAAACCACUUUGAUUCGUCAAGCUGCACGAAAAAUUGGUCGCGGUGUGAUCUACGUUGAUGUUCCUUCAAAUACGGAAAAAUUUGGAUUUGCUUUUGCUCGUGCAAUACGAUUUCAUUUCAAAGAACAUCUUCGUCUGUCCAAUUGGAUUGAAUCGAAAAUGUUCGGUUCGCCACCAGAUGACGGCAAGGAAGCCAGUUGGGAACGUGUUUUGAUUUCAUUUCAACAAUACGCUCUUGAUUUUAAGAAAAGAUACGGCCACGUACCCGUCUUAAUCUUCGAUAACUGUGAUUCGUUGGCGAGAAAAGAUCAGAAAAUGUUGGAAAUCCUGCAGGAUACAGCUAAAACAGCCAUUGACGAUUCCACAUGGGUCACAGUUUUUGUCGGAUCAGUCGGCGAAACACCAGAACAAAUGGAAGGUCGAAGCAGUAUCACUCGUGCUUCGUCGUUUAUCGAAAUCGGAGAUUUAAAUGAAAAAGAAGCCAUGACGUACCUGACGGAAAAGCGAAGUCUUUCAAAAGAUAUGGCAAAACAAGUUUAUGAUCUGUACGGUGGACGUUUGAAGAGUUUACAGAAUGCCGCAACGAAAAUCGAAAGUGGUGUAUCAUUUACCGAGAUUCGUUUGGCAACUUUGAAUGAUAUUUUUCGUCGAAUCGAGAAACUCCGCUGUCGUGCAACGAGUGAAGAACAAACAUUCAUUUUCAAUAUACUUUGUGGUUUAUUGCAUCGAUCUGAGUUGACAGUUGAUGAAUUGGUUCAUAUGCAAGAAAAUGCUGAGAUUCGACACAAGAUGCUCGAACAACUUCGUAAUGAAACAAUUCUGACUCGAGCAGUGUCGAAGGGCGCUUAUCAAUUCCAUGGGCAAUCGACGAAAUGUGAACGCAAACAAAAAUUAAAAUGUUGUCAACAGAAUCUCAAGCUCAAAGCAUCUCUUUAUCAACAACAGAAACAACGUGACCAACGCCAUGCAUCAACCAAUGAUCUAACCUCUACUUUCGAUCGAUUUCCAUUAUGGAGCACUAACACAAAUACCGCCAGCACUAACAAUUCAGCAUCGGCUUUUUGUGGUGGCACAACAAAUGGCUCAUCAGCAUUUGCUAAUCGUCGCCAAGGCAAAUUACACAGUUCAACACGUUCAUUACGAAAUGCAAAUUUUCAUCAUCAACCACAGCCAUCGCAUCAGCAACAACAUCAUUUUCGACCACCACCACUUACUCGACCCCGUUUUACUUCAUCAACAAUACGUUUAUCCUCAGCAGCUACAACAACCAUUCCAAAUGGUACUAGCAACAACACUAAUGGUCUUCAACGGUCAUCAUCGUCACUUUCCACGAACGCUGCUACCAAUGGCUCAGCUGAAUAUCAACCUCGUUUUGCUAGUCGUCUUUCUAGUACUCGUUUACCCACAGCUGCACCACCGGUUGGAUCACAUGACCAAAUUGCAGGCAAUACAACAUCGAUCGAUUCAAUUGCUCCACCAUCGACAGUUGGUGUUAUGGGUCAACCAUCAUCAGCUUCUGCUGUACUUGCGCGCAGUACUUCUUCAACCAAUGGUCAACCACAGCAAUUUGUUACGAUGACACAAACGACAACAACUACCUUCUGUUAUGUACCAGCAUCUGGUUCACUUGCUUAUAAUACCUUACCGGGUGCAAAUCGCAGUGCAGCUGUUCCUCAUCAUUAA